AUGAUAAAAUUACUAUCUUUUAUUAUCUUGGUAUGCUAUUUCUUUCUCUUUUGUAAUGGCGGAACAUUACCGACUGCACAAACAGACGAACAAACAUUAAUAACAACAUUGCUAACUAACUAUAGUAAAAAUAUAAGACCAGAUGAACAAGUAUCAAUUGAUAUCACUGCUUCACUACAACAAAUUGUUGCUAUAGAUGAAAAACAACAAAUAAUGACAUCAAGUUUAUUUUUCUCGCAAAGCUGGAUCGAUAGUCGAUUAUCAUGGACACCAACUGCUUCAAAUAAUAUUACAGUAGUUAUGCUACCAGUUAAAAGUUUAUGGAUACCAGAUACCAUGAUAUUGAAUUCUGCAGAUGCCAGUGGUUAUCUUACAGUAAGUGAUUAUAGUUUGGCAUCUGUCUAUUAUACAGGUCAAGUGUAUAUGAUAUUACCAGCAUUAACAAUAAGAACAAGAUGUAGUUUCUUUGUUCAAAAGUUUCCAUUUGAUAGACAAAUGUGCAGCAUUAAUCUAACAUCAUGGAGUCAAGGAUAUAAUAGAAUUGUGUAUACAGAAAACCGUAGUUUAGUAAUUGAUACCAGUGGAUAUAGUGAACAUCCUUUAUGGAAAUUGAGUGGAACAGAUUUGGAUAUAACCGAUGCAGCAGAUAGAGCACCAUUUGAGAACACUGUUAAUCCUAUUAUAUCCAUACAAUUAUUUCUACAAAGAAAACCAUUAUUUUUUAUGAUGAAUGGUAUAUUUGCAUGUUUGAUUUUAAAUUGUGUUACGUUGUUAUCAUAUCCAUUACCAUUUGCAACACAAAUCGGUCUAUGUAAGAAUAUUUUCUUUUCUUGA